GGGUGAGUGGGGCAGCCUGCGCACAGAGCACGGAGGGAAACAACUAACAAGACAUGAAACCCAUUAUCUCAUCAUUAUCUUUAUGAGACCCGCGAUGUAAAAUGAGACAGUGCUUAAGUUGAAUUAUUGGGAGGGCGCUAGUACAAGUUUCCGACUAGCCUGCCGGAAACACAAUGAAGAAGAAGAAGAAGAAGACAAACGGAAGUGACGCGGUGUUAUCGCUGUUCGGCGCAGUAGAAUUUACGGAGAGACUUGGUGCAGCAGGCGAUGAAAUCUAAAACCUUACUAAAGCUCGAUGAAGAAAUCAUCCGUGAAUGCAGACUAUUGGAUAUCUGAGAUAACAGAUCCCCUACAGCAAUAUGAAGUGUGAGGAAGAGGAGAGUCUGAAUGACCCGCAGGUCCAUAACCAGGAGAGGAACUUUGGUCUGAGCGAGGAUGGUCCAGAACCACAGAUUAAAGAGGAACAGGAGGAAGUCUGCACCGGUCAGGAAAUAGCGAAGGUUAUAGUGAAGCAGGAGUCUGAAGAAAUCUUCGUCUGGACCGGGAAAGAGCGGUUCAGAGUCCUGGAUAACAUUUGGAAACGUGAGGAAGACUUGCACUGCACAGGUCCGCACACACACGAUAUUAUCAAACUAGAAGAAAAUGGACCCCUCAAACACGAAGAUUCUGACUCUGUAACAGUGCCGGACGAAGAUGGGUUUUCUGUCCACUCCUCUGGGCUGGACUCUGCUGAUAGUGAUGAUGAAACUGACUUGAGUGAAGAAAUGUAUCCGUACUAUGACACUGAUGAUGAUUAUGAGGAGGAAGAAGAAGAAGAAGAAACCGAAGCCGCCACUACUCUGGAUGGAGGCAGAAGAAGAUUAAGGAGUCAGAGGAGUUGGCCUUCAGCAAACAAAGCCAAGCGCUCUAGGUCAGAGCCACUCUCUGGUGAUGCAGCUGCCUGGAAAAGUGAAAAGGACCCCGACAACUUGCCACACCCCCUGCCACAUUUCCUGCCCACGAGAACGCCAGCCUCCACCACUUUGCAGUCUGCCUCCCAACCCACUACUAGCAACCAUCACGAUGCCCUGGCCAGCUACCGGCUCCUUUCACCGCUCCAGCCCAACACACCAACCUACACAACUAUACAACCUCCCCAGCAAAUAGAGUCUGCGUUGAAUAAUGAAAAUGCAGCCUUCCAAAAACUGCUAACUAUGGUGACAGAGCUGACCAGAGAAGUCAGGGACCUCCGUGAGGAGUUCAGAGCCUUCCGUCAAUCCUGCAGCAAUGAACCUGUUGAUGCUGGCGUUUUGCCUCUGGAUUUGCCUUUACAUAAUAUGGAUGAGCUGAACAAUGCAGAGGCAACUCUGCAGUUACCGGAAGCAAAUAAAACAAUGGUGAGACGCUUUUCUUUGAUUGGAGGGACCACACUGGAGGUGCGAGUCCGUCGUAUACUAGCCUAUGCCAUUACAAAUGAGCUGGCCUCUGGACUUAACUGGACUGGGAGAAAAAAUAAGGACCAGACCAAGCAAAAAAGAGCAUUUAAAGAGACAGUGCUCUGCAAGUGCAUCUUUG